UUCAGCCCAAGGUGACCGUGUAUCCUACCAAGACCCAGCCCCUGCAGCACCACAACCUCCUGGUCUGCUCUGUGAAUGGUUUCUACCCAGGCAACAUUGAAGUCAGAUGGUUCCGGAAUGGCCAGGAAGCGAAGACUGGGGUUGUCUCCACAGGCCUGAUCCAUAAUGGAGAUUGGACCUUCCAGAUCCUGGUGAUGCUGGAAACAGUUCCUCAGAGUGGAGAGGUUUACACUUGCCAAGUGGAACACCCAAGCCUGACGGACCCUGUCAGGAUGGAAUGGA